AUGGAGAACAGGACAGAAGUGACAGAGUUCAUCCUCCUAGGACUCACYAGUGCCCCAGGACUACAGGUGCCCCUCUUUAUCAUGAUCMCCCUCAUCUACCUCAUCAMUGUGUCUGGGAACCUGGGCAUGAUCCUGCUGAUCCUCCUGGACUCCCGUCUCCACACUCCCAUGUACUUUUUCCUGGGUAACCUGUCUCUGGUGGACAUCUGCUACUCUUCAGCUGUCACUCCCACGGUCUUGGCUGGGCUCCUUCUAGGAGACACAGUCAUCUCCUACAAUGCUUGUGCUGCUCAGAUGUUCUUGUUUGCUGCCUUUGCUACUGCAGAAAAUUUCCUCUUGGCCUCGAUGGCCUAUGACCGCUAUGCUGCAGUGUGCAAGCCCCUGCACUACACCACCAACAUGACGACAGGUGUAUGUGCUUGUCUCACCACAGGCUGCUACCUUGGAGGUUUCCUGAAUUCCUCCAUCCAUACUGGGGACACGUUCAGUCUCUUCUUCUGUAAGUCCAAUGUGGUCCAUGAUUUUUUCUGUGAUGUUCCAGCAGUCGUGGUUCUCUCUUGCUCUGAUAGACACAUUAGAGGUAUAUAACUUGUUUAUGGAGCCAGCCUGGUGAUCUGUUCUGCUCUCCUUGUUAUCUUGAUAUCUUACAUGUUCAUUUUUCUCACCAUCCUAAAGAUGCGCUCAGGUGCAGGAUACCAGAAGGCUCUGUCCACCUGUGCCUCUCACUUCACUGCAGUCUCCAUCUUCUAUGGGACUCUUGUCUUCAUGUACUUGCAGCCCAGCUCCAGUCACUCUCUGGACACAGACAAAAUCGUAUCUGUGUUUUAUACCAUGGUCAUCCCCAUGUUGAACCCUGUGGUCUACAGCCUCAGGAACAAAGAAGUGAAGAGUGCAUUCAAGAAGGUUGUGGAGAAGGUGAAAUAUUCCCUAGGACUGUGA